CAGUCGGAUUUCCAAAUUUUAUUUAUUCCUUGUUUACUAAAACUUUACUAAAAAAUUAAGAAGUUUUCUGGUGCAUUAGCGAGUAAUAUGAAGGAAAAGUGAAUUUAAAGGCUCAAAAUACAGUAUGGCUUUAAAUUUCGAUACCAAUCCGGCCGAUCUGUGCCGCGUCUGCAUCCAGAACGUGACCUACGUCCCAUCGGAGAACAUUUUCGAAUCCUGUUCCGAUAUCACCAUCUACUGCAAGCUCAGUGCCAUUUGCCGGGAAGUUUUUGCCGCCGAACCGCAGGAACUGUCCUCAUUCACCGAUAGUGGAGUGCUGGCGCUUCCGCUAAACGUUUGCCGCGAAUGCAAGUCCAAGAUAGACGAAGCUUACGAGCUGCACAAAAUGUGUGUCGAAAGUAAUCGGAAACUUCGGGAGCUACUUUUGCUGGUGGGGCCAAAGCUGGAAGAAGGGGUCACAGUCAAGCAGGAGCCGGAGGAGGCGAUUCAGUCGGGUGAACCAUCGCAUUCGGGGGAGCCACAACAGAUAUUUGCCGAAAGUCUCAAUGCCCCGGCGAAGAAAUCGUCUCCCAGGGCAGGGAAAGCUACUUCCAGGGUGAUGAAGCAGGAAGUCAAUGACGAAGAGGCCGAUAAUCAAGGAUUGAUGCAAGAAACCAAUGGAUUCGCAUGUGAGAAAUGUGGCGUUGUUACCAAGCGUGAAUUCGCACUGCAUAAGCACAUGAAGAUGAAGCACCCUAAGGACGUGUUUAAGUGCGACAAGUGCUAUGAAGUUUACUUCGACGAAGCCAAGCUAAAGGAACACAGGAAGAAUCACGAUUUGGAAAAGCCUUACCCGUGUCCCAAUUGCUCGAAGCGAUUCAAAGUUCGAAGGGAUGUUACGUUACAUGCCAACCACUGCAAAGGUCACACGCCUUAUCUGUGCACGGAGUGUGGCAAGAGCUAUUCCUACCAUAGCAGCCUCGUGCAGCACCUGCUGCGGCACAAGGAACGGGCAUUCGCCUGUGGACAGUGUCCCGUGAAGUUCCACACGAAGGGAGCUCUCAAGAUGCACGUUAGAAUAACGCACAAUAAGGAAAAGAACCACUCGUGCGACAUUUGCGAAAAGAGGUUCGUGACGAACGAUUCGUUGAAGAAACAUAUGGUGGCUCAUACAGGUGAACGACGCUUUACAUGUGAUAUAUGCAACAUGAGGUUCAAGCGGUCGAAUAACAAGCAGCGGCACAUGCGUACCCACACGGGAGAAAAACCCUACAAAUGCACCCACUGCGAUCGGGCGUUUUCCCAAACUAACGAUCUGCUGAAGCACAGCAAAACCCACUUUGGUGACAAUCCGUACAAGUGUGACCGGUGCGAUGAUGCAUUCCGUCUGAUAUCUCAGCUGAGGGACCACUACAAGGUGCACUAUCAAGCGGGUGACAAUCAGGAUUCGGAACCGGCGGGAACAUUCCAGUUCACCAUCGUUAGUGCACUCAAACGGCGCGCUGCACAGGAAAGGCAGAGGGAGCACCAUCAGGACGACAUUCCAUCCGCCAGUGAAGCCAACGAGGAUGAGAUGGUGAACUCGGUUCUGGCGAACCUUCCGGAGUUUCCCGUGGAAAUGGAAAACAAUACUUGAUAUUACGUAAGUAUGUAAUUGAAGAACUGAAACGCUAAAUUGUUUUCGGAGGAGUGUUGAAUCGAUUGCGACUAAAUCCGAUAAUGGUUAAAAGAUA